AUGCCACCAAAGGGAUGGAGAAAGAACGCAGAUGGUCAAUACCCUCAACCUGCAAAAGAUUCUGAAUUGAUCUCUAUCGAUGAGAUAUUAUUCCCAAGAAGCACGGUUCUAAAACUAGCCAAGGGAAUCAUUAAUGAAGAAGAUGGAAGUAAUAAUAUGAUCAUAGCCAAGGAUGCAUUGAUAGCCAUACAACGAUCAGCUACUGUGUUUGUAUCGCAUGUGAUGUUUCAUGCUAAUCAAUCUUCUAAGGCUGAAAGUAGGAAAACCGUUAAUACUCAAGAUAUUUUAACUGCUUUAGAUAGAGCUGAAUUUUCAGGUUUUAUUCCUGAAGUUAAAGAGAAUUUAGCUGUAUAUGAACAUAAUCAAGCUAUUAAGAAGAAACAAAAGUUGGAUAUUAAGAAUAAAGCUAUUAAAGAGGGAGAGCAUGCCACUGAAUCACCUGAAUCAAGUUCGAAGAAAUUAAAAGAUAAUACUGAAAAAGCAGUUGCUGUAAAUGGUAAGGCUGAAGAUGAUGAAGAUGAAGUAGAAGAUGACAGUGAUGUCGAGAUAGUGGAAGAAGAGGAAGAAGAAGAACAAGAUGAUGAUGAUGAAGUUGAGGAUGAUGAAGAAGAAUCAGCUACAGCCAACCCUAUUGCUCAACUUGGUAAAGAAGAAGCAGAAUUAGGAGGUACAGAACCAGAAGCAGAACCUGAACAAGAUUCUGACAAUAGCGAUGAAGAAGAUGAAUAA